AUGAAAGUAUCUUUAGUGUAUCUUCUUAUACUUCUUUUAGCCCUAGCUUGCAACGAUGAUCAAGUGCAAACUGACUCUGGAUGUGUUAGUAAGUGUAAGAAUGCGUUUUACAAUAUCACAGCAGGAGCUUGUCAAUCUUAUAAAACUUGCUCAGCAGGAAUGGUAUUAAAUGAGACCAGCAAUAGCUGUGAAAAAGACUGCGGGCAUGGAUAUUUAAACGGAACUCAGUGUGUCUGCGAUGUAGACUGGGCUCUGGAGAAUGGAAUUUGCUCACUGCCCCUCCGCGAGCAAACAAAAUAAUUUUGUUUGCUAUCACAGAGGGUUAAUUUUUUUAAAAUAUAUAUAUUUUAUAGUAAGUUUUUGUUUUUUUUGAAAAAAAUCCGAAUUCAGAAAAUUGGAAAGUGAAAAUAAAUUUAAUUUGCGAAAUUUUAAAUUGAAUCUGUUUAGAUCUCAUAUGCAAAUUAUCAUAUAUUUCCAAAAUCUUUUCUCAAAAAAAUUUCUGCAUUCCGAUAAUUUUUUUGAUUACUCAUAAAGGUUGUUUUACCCCAAAAAAUGAAUUUUUCUAAUGGCUUGUUCACUCAGGAUGGGUAGAGUCAGAAGAAAAUAGUGAUUAUAAUUACAGCAGUGAGCUAUUACUAAAUUUGAAUUGGUUUUAUUGAGCAAUUAUAAUAGAACUCCUGAUGUGUAUUAUAGUGAACAUUUAUUUUUAUUGCUCAUAUAAAAGAAAAAGUAAACGAAAGUUUCCAUUAACUAAAGUCUAA